GGACACAUGUGACGUUCUCCCUGCUGAUAAGACAACAACAUCGGCUCUUGUUGUGACCGCCGCGGUUCUCUUCUGCAACGAAACUGCUUUCUCUGGUGGUGUGGAUGCUUUUGGGGGACGUUGCGUGUUCGAGUAUGAAGAACAAACACAACAAGCAGGCGGAGUUUGAAGAUGUGUCGUCUUUCGACGUGACUCUGCAGCAACUCAACGACUUGCUGACGGACGACGGCGGCUUUUACUGUUGGCCAGUUAAAAACUUUCACGAGGUUUAUCCACGCAUCUACGUCGGGAAUGCGUCGGAGGCCAACAACGUGAUGCGUCUGAAGCGUUUGGGCAUCACCCACAUUUUGAACGCGGCCGAGGGAAACUCCCUCAUGCACGUGAAUACCAACCCUGAGUUCUACGCAGGCACAGGCCUGGUAUACCACGGUGUGCCCGCCAGCGACACGGAUCACUUCGACAUCGGCAUUUACUUCGAGGAAGCCGCGGAAUUCAUCACUGAAGCCCUGGCGUACAGAAACGGAAAAGGGAGGGUAUACGUGCAUUGCAGGGAAGGAUACAGCCGCUCGCCCACCUUGGUCAUCGCCUACCUGAUGCUUUGCCAGAACAUGGACGUCCACAGCGCUCUGGCCACGGUGCGACACAACAGGGAGAUCGGACCCAAUGACGGCUUCCUUCGCCAGCUCUGCAGACUAAACCAGAGGCUGGCCGCCAAGGGAACGUUCUGGAGCAAAUGAAGCAGAGACAAAAAGUUGGUACUCACACUGCAAAAACUGAAAUCUAAGUAAGAUUAAAUAUCUCAAAUAAGGGUGAUAUUUGCUUAUUUUCUGUCUGAUAAGAUAAUUCUUCUUACUAAGCAGUUGUUAUGUUAGAGUGUUUUACUUGUUUUAAGGGUUUUGGUCCUAAAUUAUCUCAGUAAGAUAUAACAGCUUGUUGCUGAGAUUUGAUGACUUAUAUUGAGUAAAACAUGCUUGGAACUAGAAUAUCAACUGAUGCACAGCUGCGUCAUUAACACUCACAAGUAUAAAACUACUUUGUUAAAGUAAUAUUUUCUUCAAGCAUGAAAAAAAAAUCAUGAUGCCAAGCGCAUAUCAUUAUGUCAAGAUAAUGUCACUGGCAUUUACUUAAUUUAAGAAUAUUUUUCAACAUAUUGACCAAAAUGGUUUUAUUUUGUUAUCUACCAAGAAAGGUGCACUUGUUAUUAAUGAGAAUGUACUUACUUUAAGGUAUUUUUGGGUCCAUUGAAGUUAGCUAACUUUACUUGUUUUGGAAAGUCUUGACAAGCCAAUUGUUUUUGUUCUAUUGGCAGAUGAUUUUGCUAAGUUCAAAUAUCCAUCCAUCCAUCCAUUUUCUACCGCUUAUUCCCUUUCGGGGUCACGGGGGGCGGUGGCGCCUAUCUCAGCUACAAUCGGGCGGAAGGCAGGGUACACCCUGGACAAGUCGCCACCUCAUCGCAGGGCCAACACAGAUAGACAGACAACAUUCACACUCACAUUCACACACUAGGGCCAAUUUAGUGUUGCCAAUCAACCUACCCCAGGUGCAUGUCUUUGGAAGUGGGAGGAAGCCGGAGUACCCGGAGUACCCGGAGGGAACCCACGCACUCACGGGGAGAACAUGCAAACUCCACACAGAAAGAUCCCGAGCCUGGAUUUGAACCCAGGACUGCAGGACCUUCGUAUUGUGAGGCAGACGCGCUAACCCCUCUGCCACCGUGAAGCCCUUAGUUCAAAUAAAAUACCCUUAAUUUUUUUUUUCUUUUUUCUUGUUUUUGAACAUUGACUUUUUGCAGUGCAAUUACCUGUGGACUGGACGGCUGACAAGGUAACUGUAAUUAAAACGAGCCACAGCUUGCAAAUUCACUUGUGACUUUGGCCAAAGACAUAACAUAGGAUGACUGAUAAUAAAAGGAUUUUCUUCUA